GCGACACCUCUGCGUGUGAGUUCCUUCUCCGGCAAGCCUUAGGCAUUCCUGUACUGUUCUAGGCAUACGCUGACGGAACUGGGGUGCAUAUCCGGCCGCUGGCCAGGCUGUCUUUGCAACUGAAGGUGCUCGCUAUUCGAUACUUAUUACUUAGUCGGCCGAACCCCGAGGGAGACGGAUUCGGGAUUUCACAUGACAUUGACACGUGCAGACUACCGGGCGAGCCUCAGCCCUGCUUUUGAAUUAGCGGCCACGAGAGCUCGACAUUCACACUUGUAUAUAUAACUCCUCAGCUCCCGUCCGCAUUGCCUCCCUCAAGGCUGCUGGCUGUUGUCUACCACGGCCAUGUCUCUACCGCUCCUCGUGAACGGCGCGGAUUGCGGCCCCGUCAACCCAUUGCAGAGUCUGUCCAAGACAUUCGAUCGUGACCGCGGUAUUCAGCAGGACCACUUUGGUGCAGGUCGCGCGGGUUCAUCGAAGGAGGUCUUCCGUUCGCAAUACUCAGCCACUGCAGGCUCGAGCCAGGAUGCAGCCCGGUUCUUCUCUACGAACCAAUUCUCAUCUGCCCACGCCUCUCCCGUUCCUGCGUUCGAUCUCGCCGCGCUCCAUGCAGCACUACCCCAUGCACACGCGCAAACACCCGUUCUAACACCACAGAGGCAGGGGCCUCUAUCGCCUGUGUCUUCUGCGUCAUGGGCCUCGGAUUUCCUGCAACAGCCCGGCAAGCAGUCGCCAGUGUCGCAGCUUCCAGCGGCCCAGUCCCCGGUACAGGCGCAAGCUCAGCAGGAAAAUAUCCAUGGCCAACCACAACAGUUUUCUCCCAAUGACUUCCGCCCCUUUAGUCCGAUGGGAUAUGGCAUGGCCGGUAUGUCCAUGGCCUCCCCGCCCUUCGCAAUGCCUGUGAAUGCCCAGGAACCAGUGAGUCAGAUUGACGCUUCUCAUUGGGACCGAGAGUUCCAGUCCCAAGAAGCGGCUUUGACCGCCGCGGAGCAACCACAGCAAGAGGCUCCCGCCCCCAGCCGACAGCACGACGGCGACGAGCUUGCACGCAUCGCAGGUGAACUAGUGAACACAGUCGGGGAUGCAGGAAACGCGAAGUUCAAGAACAGCGAGUUCUUGGGGCUUAUGCGACAACUGCGUGACGGCAACGUCGUGGUUGAUGGCGACAAGAUGGUGCUGCGAGAAGAGGCGUCACCCAACGCUGCGCUUAGCUCUACCGACGUGAAGGGGAAAGGCCGGGCAAUCGAACCUACCAUCAUGCAUUCUGCUCCGGGCAUGGGUACACUUCAGGAUGCACGCCCCAUUGGACAUGAAGAAGGUCUUAGGCCCGUCUACACCGAGAGACCUUCUGAUCAGCUCCAUGGGGACUACCAGGAGAGCCCUAUCGAUGCCUACCUCCGGCAGGAGAACGAGGAGUACAUCAGGAUGCAGCAAGAGCAUGACACCGUGCCUGCACCCGACACCAGGUACGAGUGGUGGAACACUUCUCAGCGGCCACAGGAUGCGGAUUGGGGAAGGCUCCAGAGGGACUGGGAUUCCUUCGAAGCGACGGUCACCGGCAUCCGGCCGCUCGCACACUACCAAUUCCAGCCGCACAAUCCGUAUGUCCUCGGAGAAGCGUCGAGUACGCAUCAUCAUGCAAUGCAUUCAGAUACCAGGAACUCUAUCUUUGAGAGCGUCCUCGAGCUGGAGGCCGCUGUGCAGCGGGAUCCCACGAAUGCGUCGCGAUGGUAUGAGCUCGGUGUAAAGCAACAAGAGAACGAGCGCGAGCAGAAAGCUGUACAGGCACUGCGCCGUGCGCUGGAACUUGAUCCAUCUCACCUCCCGUCUUGGAUCGCCGUCGCGGUGUCGCACACCAACGAGAGCAACAGGCAAGGAACGUACGCCUCCAUCUACGAGUGGGUCGAGCGCAACGAGCGUUAUCGCUCGACAGUCGAGCAGUUCCGCGCCCUGAAUCCCAUCAACGACGAGAUGACGCAGACCGAGAAGUUCGCUACCCUGAUUCAAUGCUUGAUUGAGAUGGCACGCGGGGACCAGAGCGGGGAGAUAGAUGCAGACAUACAAAUUGCCCUCGCCGUCCUACUGAACACCAAUGAGGAAUACGCCAAGGCGCGGGACUGCUUCAAUACAGCGCUAGCAAUACGACCCGACGACUGGCUACUGUACAACCGUGUCGGCGCGACCCUGGCGAACAGUGGUCGUCCUGAGGAUGCCCUGCAGUACUAUUACCGCGCGUUGGAGCUGAACCCCGCGUACAUCCGUGCAAGAUUCAACUUGGGCAUCUCUUGCAUCAACCUUCGGCGGUACGACGAGGCAGCCCAGCACAUUUUGGACGCCUUGUCCCUCCAGGACAGCGACAGCGUGCAUGAGGCGGCCGGCGGAGGCGAUAAGCGCGGCGUCACAACGCUGACCUUGUGGGAGAGUCUGAAGACCUGCUGCCUGCACAUGCAAAGGCUGGACUUGGCCAACCUGUGUGACAGACAAGACCUGGAAGCAUUCCGGCUCAAUUUCCAACUCGCCUAGUGCCAAUCAAACGGACCCAUGCGCUGCGACGGCUUUGUGCAUUUUUUCUCAUGUAUGAAGUUGCGCGUUACAAGAUGUGUGUAUUAUGUAUGGCUCUGGACGCACAUCUGCCUCGCAUCACCGCGACCUGGGCUAUGAGCGUCGAUCUGAGUGGCUAAUAGCUGGCCGUUGAACAAACCGUGCUGUUUCUUUUACGAUGUGACGAAAGGUAGUACCAAGGCCGCAGAUCACAGAAGCGGUUCGAUCCCGACACAGCUUUCGGGAGCACCCUUGUCGGUCCCGCGUUCUCAGAUCGUUCGGGGAGGCAUCAAAUUCGCUUAGAUUGGACUAGUGGCGGCACCGGCGAGCUUGGGGACCCUGGCCGCACAAUUCCGUCGGCCCCGCAG